UUUUUCCCUUUGUGUCCUCAGGCUCCGUCAGACCGUCAGCUGCGCUACAAAGAGAAAGUGACGGAGCUGAGGAGGAAGAGGAACCCUAGCAUCAAUAAGGAGCAGAAGGACAAGCAGGGGGACCACCGUCAGAGUCUGGGUUCGAGUCGUGAGCCGCUGCUGGAAAACAUCACGAGUGAAUACGAUCUGGAAUUAUUCCGGAAAGCCCAGGCACGUGCAUCGGAGGAUCUUUCAGCACAGCCUCCUCUGCAGCCUCAGGAGGAGUCUGACAUAUUUUUGGAGAAGCUGCGUCUGAGUGGCCAGGUUUCAGAGGGAAACAACAUGAUAAAGACCAUCGUUUUCGGCCGUUACGAGUUGGACACCUGGUACCAUUCGCCAUAUCCGGAGGAAUACGCCCGUCUGGGGCGACUCUAUAUGUGUGAAUUCUGCCUGAAAUACAUGAAGAGCCAGACCAUUCUGCGCAGGCACAUGGCGAAGUGUGUGUGGAAGCAUCCUCCAGGAGACGAGAUCUACAGGAAGGGAAACAUCUCCGUGUUCGAGGUGGACGGGAAGAAGAACAAGAUCUACUGUCAGAACCUGUGUCUGCUGGCGAAGCUGUUCCUGGAUCACAAGACUCUUUAUUACGACGUGGAGCCGUUUCUGUUCUACGCCAUGACAGAAUCCGACUCGACAGGCUGCCACCUGGUGGGGUACUUCUCCAAGGAGAAGAACUCCUUCCUGAACUACAACGUGUCGUGUAUCCUCACCAUGCCUCAGUACAUGAGGCAGGGCUACGGCAAGAUGCUCAUCGACUUCAGCUACCUGCUGUCGAAGGUGGAGGAGAAGGUGGGCUCUCCUGAGAGACCGCUCUCUGACCUCGGACUCAUCAGCUAUAGAAGCUACUGGAAGGAAGUUCUGCUGAGAUACCUGCACGACUUCCAGGGGAAAGAGAUCUCCAUCAAAGGUCAGGACUCUUUAAAGUAG